AUGAAAGAAAGACAUCGAACACAAAAUGAUCAGCCACUAGACGUGGAAGUGACCUCCCAUUCAAUUGGUCAUUACGAAUUCACCGACGACAAGUUGGUCAAAAGGUUUGUAGCUGAGGAAGUUCAGAACGUCAGUCCAGUCAUCAGAGCUUUCCAGUCAGCCGUCGUCACCGCCAGACAAGAGAUAACACUGGAAGGUUACGCCGAUGAUGAAACUGUUCUUACCGACACCUUUGAUUCAAUAAUUCUUGAUUUCGGUGUAAAAUAUUUUUACCAUUCUCAGUUAGCGCAAUUUGUGAAGAAGCUAAGAAAAGGUUUCAAUAAAGUUGGAACUAUCGAGAAUUCACGCUCCUUCAUUAAACUCGUCAAAUGCUUCAGAGAAGCCAAUAAUGAAACCAUUGUUGAAGCGGUUCUAAAAAUGAAGAAACAUUUCGCAUACUACAAGAUCUUAUUGGAUGCUGUGUGUGUGGCUCAAACUUUUUCAUCUUACAAAGCUCUCAUGACUCUCGUCGACUUCAAAGAUGAAAGCAACAUUUUAUUGGAGAAGAUACUUUUCUCUCUGUCACUGGCGACUUACCCACCAGAAGAGUACAUUGCAUUUUUAUUGGGUUUGAUCAAGCACCCUUUUAAAGACUCCAGACUAUAUGAAGCAGCUUUGAACACAUUAGGAGCUCUCCUACAUACCAUGAAAAAACAGACACAUCAGAGCAACAAUAUGCUUGUGCAUAACGUGGAGAAAGUUCUGCUGCAAAAACUUAACGACUGCGACAACCGGACAUCAUCGCCAUCUUCUUCAUCAUUAGCAUCGUGUCAGGAAGUUCUGCUGAGGUGUUUGGGAAAUAUGGGCUUUACUAAUUCUGUUUCGAAAAUUAUGGAAGUUGUUGAAUCAUCUGAAGUUGCCUCCGUAUCUGAAACAGGCCUGAAAGCUUUAAGACAUGUUGACGAUGCAGAAAUCGAAAAAUUGAAAGAGAGACUAAAGAAUAUUUUUCAACAAAAAAUAAAAAAAUAUGAAUUGCCAGCGCGAAGUGAGGCCUUCCAACUUCUCUUACGCACAGAUCUAACUGAAGAAGACGUAGAAGACAUUUACGCGGUGUCACUUGACCCGUCUAAUCAGGAAUUUGGAUCUUUCAUUCAAUCAAAAUUAGUCGAUGCUUCAAAGACUGACGAACGUUUAAGAAAUGUCAUCCGGAAAGUACAAAAGAACAAUGUUCUCAACAAUUACGAUACCAUGACACGAAAGGGUAGCUCUCUCUUUUUUUCAUCAUCCUUUCUAGACAGUCCGCCAAUAACUUACAGCAUGUACGUUGAAAACGGAAAAUCACAUAUUGUUAGACGAUCUGGCAUGUCGGUUGAUUUGCAUUUAACAGAGGAGCCAGAUCUUUAUUUCCCAACAUCUAGAGAACCUGAUGAUAUAUAUCAGCAACAACGAGAGAUUAAACACAGAUUCAAAAAAAAUUUGCAGUUUUAUAAGUUUGAGUUGUUUGCCACUGGAAUGGAAGCAUUGUUAGGAGAGAAACAGGAAGAUGAUAACAACAAUGAACACAAGAUUAAAGAACCAAUAGGCUAUUUUCACUACGAUUCAGCAGGCUUGUCGCUAGACAUCAUGGGUGUAUCUAAUAGACCAACCAUAUUCUUCAAAAGUCAAGGAGAACUCAUGUCUGCACUUUGGAACGCACCUUCCGAACUCACUUCUGCUUUUCAAGUCAAUAUUUUGCUACACGAUCAUCAUCAACGGAUCCAACUGGAGAACGGUAUGACGGUCAAUUUGGUUGUCAUCGGCAGUAUCUCACUCGAUCUCUCCGGCUCUCUUUUAUACAGUAUCUGGAAUAAAAAUGCACAGUCACUGAUAAGAAACACUGUUUCCUAUAGUUUAGACACUGAACUUGAAUUGGUUGACACAAAAGAUACAAUUAAACUUAACCGGAGACAAGACAUACAAACCGCCAUCGACUUUAUGACGGAUGUUAACUUUUCGGAUGCGACCGAGAUGUGCUUGACCAUGUUCACCUCGUCCGCACCGGAUUUAAGGUACGAAAUCAAUACAUAUGAAUGUUUAGAUGGUUGUAAAAAGCCAUUUAAAACAUCAUAUAAGCGAGCGGUGACUUAUCAGCCUCAGUGUUAUGCACUACCACCCAAGAACUAUCAACUUUGUAAUUCGAUGUUCUACUCAAGCCAGUAA